AUGACUCCCACUUUCUCCGAAAUCUCUUGCGAGGCGUGUUCUUCCACUGCAAUGGCGACAGACGAGCCAGAUUUCACUCAGGGUGGCAACAAGGGGACGAUAGCAGCCAGUCAGUUUGAAGUUGCAGCCGACAAUGACAUCUUCAGAGGGAAUCAUGCCGCCCAGACUGCCAACGACCAUGAACAGAAUAUGUCCAUGAGAUACGCCAUGAAAUACUACAGCAUCGCCAUAGUUUGGGCUGCUGUGAUGGCUGCUCCAAUCAUCAUGGAAGCCUACGAAACGGCAAUGGUGCCAACGUUCUUUUCCUACAAGGCAUUUCAGAAAAUAUUUGGUUACAGGAAGCCUGGCACAGACGAAUAUUUUAUUCCGACUUAUUGGCAAUCUGGUAUCACCAUGGCUGCCUCUUUUGGUCAACUUGCUGGCCUUUAUUUGGCACCUCAUGUCGUCAACCAUAAGGGAUACCGCGUCUGCAGCGCCGCCGCAUUCAUCUGUGCUGGGCUCUUUCUCAUGCUUGGCUUUUGGUCCAUGGACACAGGUCGUGGUUUGGCUGUGUUUCUGAUUGGCGAAAUGUGUCUGGGCGUGCCUUGGGGCAUGUUUCAAGGCAUCACGCUUCCUUAUGUUUCUGAUAUCACACCGCUCAAGCUGAAGGGCCCGGCAACGACCAUGAUCAAUGUCUUCUGGCUUAUUGGCCAGAUGAUUUCAGCAAGUGUCAUGAGCGGUGCGUCUGCGAUUGGCAGCUUGGAAUGGAGUGUCAAAACCCCAAUGAUUAUUCAAUAUGCUUGGCUAAUUCCUCUUUUGGCUCUUGUUUUCAAGGCGCCUAACAGCCCUCUCUACCUGAGUCGAAAGGGGCAAGAUGAGCAGGCUAGAGCAACUCUCCGGCGACUCAACAAGGACCCCCUGUUCAACGAAGAUGGAGCCCUCGCUAUGAUCCGCGCAGUCAAUCUUCACGAGAAGAAGACAUCAACAGAUAUGGGGCUUACGGGAUGUUUCCACGGUAUCAACCUGCGACGAACGGAGAUUGCUGUAGUUAGUUAUGUUACGCAGCAGUGGGUUGGCACGCCUCUCAUGUUUUAUUCAGUCAAGGUCCUCCAGAAAGGCGGUCUAUCGCAGGCUUCUUCACUGUAUCUCACUAUUGGCAUGUACGGUCUUUGCAUCAUAUCAACAGUGUCGUCGAUGGGGGCGAUGCGAUUUUGGGGACGGCGAAGCUUGUGGCUUUGGGGAUUAUCUGGCGAAAUUAUGUGUCUGGGCGCCAUUGGCACUUUGUCGUUUUUUCUCGACAAGCACGAUGAGAAGAAGUCGGGGCUUCCCUGGGCCAUUGCUACGUUCCUGAUUCUAUAUGCGGCCAUCUACAACUUUACAAUCGGACCGGUUUGCUAUACGAUUGUGGCGGAAACGCCAGCUACUAGACUCAAGGCUGCGACCAACUCGCUUUCCCGUGCAAUUUACAUAGUUUUUUCCGUGGCGAACUUGUACCUCGUUCCGAACCUUUUGGAGAAUGCGCCCGUUGGAUGGGGUCUCGGGACCAAGGCAGCUCUGGUUUGGGCGGGCUCAGCCACGGUUUGUCUGAUUUGGGCUUUCUUCCGCCUGCCAGAAACGAAGGAUCGCAGCCCUGCCGAGGUCGAUCUUCUAUUUGAAAGGAACAUCAGGGCUCGCGACUGGUCCAAGGCGGUUGUGUAA